AUGCCAACGAUCAGCGGCUGGCUGCGCCUCAAGAGCGUCUCGGGGCUCAUGAGCCUCUGGCGACGGCGCUUCUUCGUCCUCAAGGACACGUCGCUCUACGAAUACGACUCGGAAGACACGUUCUCGGGCGGCUUCAAGCAAACGCGCCGGCUGCUCUCUGUGCGCCGCGUCGCGUCGUCCGCGCUCACCUUCCACAUCGUUGUCGCCGGCGCCAAGAAGCCCAAGUCGUACUACCUCGCGACGUACGACUCGGGGUCCUUUGAGCAGUGGCGCAAGGCGUUCGUGACGUGCUGCGGUCCAAGCAUCGCCAAGCUCGGCGACGACGCGGACGCGACCAAGACGCUCUUGACGCGAUCGCCGUCGCACUACAGCAGCUCGGGCAGCACCGCCAGCACUGAUGUACAGAGCAUCCCGAUCCUCGUUGGCGACGACCCCGAGGUGCUUUGGCGCCAAACCAACCACAAGGCCGCCGACGCCGUGACCAUGCACGUCCUGUUCCCCGACAUGGCGCAGGACGACGUCGACCGGUACACGUCCAGCGCAAUGCCAUCGACGCUCUAG